AUGCCCCGCAAUAUCCUCAUUGCGGGCGCUGGCAUUGCCGGACUCGCUUGCGCCAUAUCGCUUGCGAAGGAGCUGGGCUCCUCCACCCCCGAUCUGAAGAUCUCCGUAUACGAGGGAGCGGCGGGACCUUCCGCCUCUGGAGGCGCUAUCAGUUUGACUCCCAUCGCGCAGAACUACCUACAUCAGCUGGGGGUCUUGGCCGAGCUGAAUCGGAUGGGCAAUGAUGCGGGGAUCGAGGUCGACAUCAUCGAACUAUUUUCUUUACGGUCUGGCCGUCGAUUGGGCCCUCUACGGUUUACCGACGAGAAGGGACGCGGAUACGGGGGCUACAAGGGCCGUCGAGUGAUGCGCAGUGCGCUGUCGCGUGCGAUGUUGGCCGUCAUCCGCGGUCUCCCGAAUGUGUCGGUCUCUUAUGACGCGAAAGUGGUGGGCGGCAGUACCACCGAUGACAGCGUAACGCUCAAGUUCGAGAACGGAGAAGUCGUCACCGGAGACCUCCUGCUCGGCUGUGACGGGGUGCAUUCCAUCACUCGAACGCAGAUUGUCGACCCAGGCAAUCGAUCAGAGUAUACGGGGAUCUCCUUUAUUCAGAGUAUCGUGGAUGCGCAGGAGUUCACCCUGCCGAUGCACUUUGACCAGACCGCGGUGCAUUUCACCCGCCAUAGUUCGUUGCUCACCAGCUACUGUGACCCGGCACGCGAGAAGAUCUUUGCUGCUGCCAUCCUGCGUGUCAACGAGCAUCUCAUCGAACGAUAUCAGGCUGCAUCCACGAAUCCCCAAUCCGCAGCCAGUAUGAAGAUGUCCAUUCGAUACCUGGUACGCACACAGUUCGGCAAGUCCACUCUACCCAGCAUCCGAGAGCUGGUCGAUCGCAUCGAAGACUGGGCGCUCUACCCGGUGUACCAAGUACGCCAGCGCGGAAAAUGGUACAAAGGGCGCGUUCUUUUGCUGGGAGAUGCUGCGCAUGCGAUGCCCCCUCGUGACGAAUCCGCCGCCUACGCCAUCGAAGAUGCUCUCAUCUUCUCCCAGAUCCUCGCCCAGCACCGCGAUGAUAGCUGCCCCCUAUCGACUCUGUUUCAGGAGUACGAGGCUGCUCGCAGGGUCCUCGUGAACAAGGCCUUCGAUGCCUCGCGCAGAUUGUGGCAGAGUGAUCUCGACAAGGGGCUGUUCCCGGGCCAUGUGCGGGAUCUCAUGUCGCCUGUGCAUGUGUCCUCGGCGACUUCGUCGGCGCCGCGCGGGACAGCGGCGACCCAUGAAAGCUUCUCGGAUCUGUCGGUGUACUCGUUGACCAGGGAGUUCCAGGGGGAGAUUGAGUCUUAG